AGCGAUCUAUAACAAGUAUUUCUGAUGUAUAACAAGUAUCAGGCUUCUUAAAUGAGACUAAAGCCUUAAUAUUGUAACCGCAGCUGGUUUGCGUCGCUCUCGUCAAUUGUUCUUCAUCUUUUGUGCUCAUCAGGCAUAAAAGCCAGCCAACGCUUUUUCCUUCAGGCUUACCCCCCCACCAAUCGCACAUUUAUAUGCAAUCUUCCCCCAAAAACCAUGGCUUCUCUACUCUUCAAGGAUAAGAAAGGAGUCGGACUGUCCUGCGCAUCUCCGGCAUCUGCAGCAGUAUGCACAAGCCUCGAGCAACGGUCAAUGGUCCGCCCGUGCAUCGUCCGAGCUGCUGAUGUCUACAAUCGGAGCCCAAGAAGACCAAGAGCUUCAAAUCACCAAAUAGCCUCAAAUAGCAAGACGCACAGCCAUAAUAACAGAAAGAGCACAGAGAAGCAAAACAAAACUGCGUUAGCUAGUCCUGCGGGCUCUUCUCGCUGCCUUCUAAAUGACGGCUCUUCGUUUCAUUUUGUAUCUGAGAUUGAUAACUCCGAGGCUAUAGUUACAGCUGAGAAAAAAAAUUCUGAUCCUGAAAUAUGUGACCAGGAGGAAUUAGAUGUUCUCAGGGCUCGUACUUCAGCAAGACAGGACCAGGUCGUUGUCUUGAGGGUUUCACUUCAUUGCAAAGGAUGUGAAGGAAAAGUAAAGAAACUUGUCUCCAAGAUGGAAGGGGUGAGUUCCUUUGAAAUAGAUAUGGCAAAGAAGAAGGUAACUGUUGUUGGAAAUCUAACACCUCUCAGAGUUCUUAGCAGUGUUUCAAAGGUAAAGAAUGCACAGUUCUGGCCAUCACCUCCUCGGGCUUCAGCUUCAUUCUAAAGAGUAAAUCAAGGGGAAACGAUUAUUCUGAUUCGACCUAAGCUGAUUGUGUUUCGAGAAUGUUUUUAUUAAUUGAACAGCUUCUCCUAUAACAUAAUUCGUUUCUAUUUGUUCAAGUAUGUUUCUGAUUUUCUAUUAA